UGCAGCAGAACAAAGAAUUGAGUAGUUCUAGCCGCGUGGAAAACGACUGUACACCUAUAAUAACAUCAACUAAACUUGUAUAAUACGCACUGUGUGUUUUUAGAAGUGACUACUUAUAGUUUACUUGCGUCCACAAAAAAUUCAGUGGUCGACGAUCGUCUCGUUUGCACGAUGCUGCCGAUGAUGUUGCUGACACCACGAUUACUGGUUACUGUGGCGGUGCUGUUGAUGGUUGCUGACGGGGCGCGCGGACACAAGCCGCCGGGCAAAAAAAUACCGCAUCCCACAACACUUGUGGAGGAGCCCGGGAAGACCGGUUCACGCGAUCAUGAAAGGACUGGCAGUUAUGGUGGGUCCCGGACGACCGGUACGCGUGGCAAUGAAGGGACUGGCAGUUAUGGUGUGCAAAAUCAUCCAGAGUUCGAUUUUUCAUCUGAUCGCGAAAAUACCCCAAUUGAAGAGGAAUGGAAAGACUCCUCAGUUUUCCUCAGCAUUUUCGACGAAUUGCUUAACACCACUAGUGAACAACCUCAGAAUCCGGAGGUUGCAACCAUAUCCACCACGAUUACGGCAGACGCUCCGUUGAUGGACGAGCUAACUAAGUGGAAGGAACCAUCCACCUGGAGUUUUAAUAAAACCUCACGUCGUACACAGUUUAAGACACCGGGAGCAACUGUGGAACAUAAUUUCGAGGAAAAGAAAUUGCAGACCACCAAAAAUCUCGGACAACCGCAGUUACCAGCUGAAAAUUAAUGAAGAAAUUCUGAAAUCAAAGUAGUUCAAUUAGAUUAGUUGAAUCGGGAUUUUAUGUACAGGUUUCACGGGGUGCAGUUUUCCCUUGUGGUUGCCACACAAGGGUGACUAAGGCAACGUUUCAAUCCCCAAAUCUAUAUGUAUAUUGACCGGUCCCAUUUAUUAGUUUUACCAAAACACUUAAAAACGUAAUUGUAUAAUUAAUACAAAUUUUAUUUACCUAUUGUUACUUUAACGGAAAAUUUAUGAGGAAUUUUUAGUUUUAUGCAGUUUAUUAUUGUUUUUAAGUCAUAUUUAGCUUGAAUAAAUAAAUAAGAAUAUGAAUA